GUGCCGCUCUUCUCUGCGUGCUGUGCACAUGCGCGACUGCUUUUCCCUUCUUCCUCCGCUUCCCCUGGCGUCCACGGUUCACGGAGCCGCCGCCAGAGCGGCGGAGAAGUCGGGAAGUGCAAGAUGGCCGCCGCGGAGGCCCCGUCGUUGCGGGAGCAGCCGGAAAUGGAUGAUGCUGAUAAUUCUGAAAAGAGUGUAAAUGAAGAAAAUGGAGAAGUAUCAGAAGACCAAUCUCAAAAUAAACACAGUCGUCACAAAAAAAAGAAGCAUAAACACAGAAGUAAACAUAAGAAACAUAAACAUUCCUCAGAAGAAGAUAGGGAUAAAAAACACAAACAUAAGCAUAAGCAUAAGAAACACAAAAGAAAAGAAGUUAUAGAUGCCUCUGACAAAGAAGGCCUCUCCCCUGCAAAAAGAACUAAACUUGAUGAUUUAGCUUUGCUGGAAGACUUGGAAAAACAGAGAGCCUUGAUUAAAGCUGAGCUUGAUAAUGAGUUAAUGGAGGGAAAGGUCCAGUCUGGAAUGGGGCUCAUUUUACAAGGCUAUGAGUCUGGCUCCGAAGAAGAAGGGGAGAUUCAUGAAAAGGCAAGAAAUGGAAAUAGGUCCAGUACCAGGUCUUCCAGUACACGGGGAAAACUUGAAAUUACAGAGAACAAAAAUAGUGCAAAAAAACGAAGUAAGAGCAGAUCCAAAGAACGGACUAGACACAGGUCGGACAAAAGGAAAAGCAAGGGAGCUGUUGACAUGGCGAGAGAGAAAGCAAACAGGAGCAAGUCCAAGGAGAGGAGGAAAUCCACAAGUCCGUCCAAAAGAAGCAAGUCUCAAGACCAAGCAAGAAAAUCAAAGUCCCCUACCCUUAGACGGCGGUCCCAAGAAAAAAUUGGGAAGGCCAGAUCUCCUACUGAUGAGAAGAUUAAGAUUGAAGAUAAAGGUAAAAUAAAGGAUAGGAAGAAAUCACCAAUUGUAAAUGAAAGAAGUCGAGAUCGAUCUAAAAAAUCCAGGUCGCCAGUUGACUUAAGAGAUAAAUCCAAAGACAGAAGGUCAAGGUCCAAAGAGCGAAAGUCAAAACGGUCUGAAAUUGACAAAGAAAAGAAGCCAAUUAAAUCUCCUUCAAAAGAUGCCUCUUCUGGGAAGGAAAAUAGGUCACCUAGUAGAAGACCUGGCCGGAGUCCUAAAAGAAGAAGUUUGUCUCCAAAACAGCGAGACAAGUCAAGAAGAAGUAGAUCCCCACUUGUCAAUGACAGAAGAUCUAAGCAGAGCAAAUCACCUUCUCGAACUCUGUCUCCAGGUAGAAGGGCCAAGAGCCGAUCCUUAGAAAGAAAACGAAGAGAGCCAGAGAGGAGACGACUAUCUUCUCCAAGAACACGACCUCGAGAUGAUAUCCUCAGUAGAUGUGAACGAUCAAAAGAUGCCAGCCCCAUCAAUAGGUGGUCUCCAACCCGAAGAAGAAGUAGGUCUCCCAUUAGAAGAAGAUCCCGUUCCCCAUUGAGACGCAGCAGGUCUCCAAGAAGAAGAAGCAGGUCUCCUCGGAGAAGAGAUAGGAGUCGAAGGAGCAGGUCACGCUUGAGAAGAAGAUCUCGAUCACGGGGUGGUCAUAGGAGAAGGAGCAGAAGCAAAGUAAAAGAAGAUAAAUUUAAAGGAAGUCUCUCUGAAGGAAUGAAAGCUGAGCAAGAGUCUUCAUCUGAUGAUAACCUUGAAGAUUUUGAUGUAGAGGAAGAAGAUGAAGAGGCUCUAAUAGAACAGAGGAGGAUACAGAGGCAGGCGAUUGUGCAGAAAUAUAAAUAUCUUGCUGAAGAUAGCAAUAUAUCUGUGCCAUCUGAGCCGAGCAGCCCCCAGAGCAGCACGAGGUCACGAUCACCUUCUCCAGAUGACAUCUUGGAGCGGGUGGCUGCUGAUGUAAAAGAAUAUGAGCGGGAGAAUGUUGACACAUUUGAGGCCUCAGUAAAAGCCAAACAUAACCUGAUGACAGUUGAACAGAAUAAUGGGUCAUCUCAGAAGAAGCUUUUGGCGCCUGAUAUGUUUACGGAAUCUGAUGAUAUGUUUGCUGCUUAUUUUGAUAGUGCUCGUCUCCGGGCUGCUGGCAUUGGGAAAGAUUUCAAAGAGAAUCCCAACCUCAGAGAUAAUUGGACAGAUGCAGAAGGCUAUUACCGAGUGAACAUCGGGGAAGUCCUAGAUAAGCGUUACAAUGUGUAUGGCUACACUGGGCAGGGCGUGUUCAGCAAUGUUGUCCGUGCCAGGGAUAACGCUAGAGCCAAUCAGGAGGUGGCUGUCAAGAUCAUCAGGAACAAUGAACUCAUGCAAAAGACUGGUUUAAAAGAACUAGAGUUCUUGAAAAAACUUAAUGAUGCUGAUCCUGAUGACAAGUUUCAUUGCCUGCGCCUCUUCAGACACUUUUACCACAAGCAGCACCUCUGUCUUGUAUUUGAGCCCCUCAGUAUGAAUUUGCGAGAGGUAUUAAAAAAAUAUGGUAAGGAUGUUGGUCUUCAUAUUAAAGCUGUAAGAUCCUAUAGUCAGCAGUUGUUCCUGGCAUUGAAACUCCUUAAAAGAUGCAAUAUCCUGCAUGCAGAUAUCAAACCAGACAAUAUUCUGGUUAAUGAAUCCAAAACCAUUUUAAAGCUUUGCGAUUUUGGAUCGGCUUCGCAUGUUGCAGAUAAUGACAUAACACCUUACCUUGUCAGUAGAUUUUACCGUGCUCCGGAGAUCAUUAUAGGAAAAAGCUAUGACUAUGGUAUCGAUAUGUGGUCUGUAGGUUGCACCUUAUAUGAACUCUAUACUGGAAAAAUCUUAUUUCCUGGCAAAACUAAUAACCAUAUGUUGAAGCUCGCAAUGGACCUCAAAGGAAAGAUGCCAAAUAAAAUGAUUCGGAAAGGUGUAUUCAAAGACCAACAUUUUGACCAAAAUCUGAACUUCAUGUACAUAGAGGUUGAUAAAGUAACAGAGAGGGAGAAAGUUACUGUCAUGAGCACCAUUAAUCCAACUAAGGACCUGUUGGCUGACUUGAUUGGGUGCCAGCGACUUCCUGAAGAUCAACGUAAAAAAGUACACCAGCUAAAGGACUUGUUGGACCAGAUCCUAAUGUUGGACCCGGCUAAGCGAAUUAGCAUCAACCAGGCCCUGCAGCAUGCAUUCAUCCAGGAAAAAAUUUAAAUGAGAUGAAGAAACUCCAAGGGUUUGAGUAAUUAAAUACAAAGACUGAAGAAAUUUCACAGCAGUUUAUUAUUAAUGUAUAUAAACUUAUAAAUAUUUCUGCAGCAAAUUUGAGGAAGCAUGAUAUAUUUGAAUUAACACCAAGGGUGAUAUUUCUUUUAGAAAUGUUAGUUAAUCUGUUUUGUGUCUUAUGUGAAAUUUCACUGUAGAAAUGUUUUAAUUGCCAAGACUGCACAAAAUUACAGUGCUAAUGUAUAUGGUUGCAGUUCACAUAAAAGACAAAAGCAUCUGUUAUGAGUAGCAGUGCUGGGUGGUUGAUUUGUUUUUAGCAGACUUGGCUUCAUUUUGGUCUUCAGAUACAAUGGCCAGCAUAAAUGCUGUUUAUAUUCACAUUUUCCUAGGUGUGUGUGUGCAGGCCACAGCAGCAUGCCCUUGGUGUAGUCAGUGCCGAAGGGAGUCUGUUCCUUCUUGAGCCUGCCUGCAGGGAUGUCUCCUCUUUUAAAGCAGGUUGUGUACAACAUUCAGUACACUGAAGGCAUAAACCUUCCACUCUUGAACAAAGCAGCUGCUUUUUAAAAGCGAGAAAAGGAAAACGGGGCACAGGCCAUUCGACGCCUUCUCCAAGGGGUCUGAUUUGCUGAGACACCAGCUCCACCUUCUUAACAAGGUUAUUUCUGACAGCAUGUGUAGAUAAACAUUUAGCAACAAUUUAAAACAAAAUCAUGUAAAUCAGCUUGGUUUUGCAACACAAAGGAAUUUGUAUUUUAAUAUGGUAGAAGAGAAUUUUCAAAAUCCUAUGUAAUCUUUUGUUUGGGAGUGGGUAAACUUACUGCUUAUCUCCCUGAGGAUUAUGGAGAACAAUAAAAUUUUGGGGUUUAAAUAAUAUUUUUACAUUGUAAAUGGGAUUUUUUUAUUCACCCAGGCACCUAAUUACAACAAGCAUGCACAUUUUGGUGCAUUCAAGAAUGGAAUAUCAGAGUAGCAGCAUUCUCCUGGUGGGUUAUGCUCCAUUUAAAGACAUGAAAUGAACUACACAGCCAGGAAGGUGGUAGAUGAGAUAAUAAGCCACCUAUGAACCUACACCGUCUCUUCAUGGUGCAGCUCAGUGGAAGAUGAUGACAGCCGGAAGACAUGAGCCAAGGAAGUAAAGAAUACCAAGAUACAUGGAUAUUCAUGUAAUCAUUAUACACGGGCAGUUAAUCCAAAGAUCUUCUAACAUUAAAACCCUUAUUCUGGGCAGUGUAUGCACACACCUUGAAGAGUGUCCAGAAAACUUUUAAGUAUAAUGUGAUCAUCUAAGGUUAGAGGAGGGAAAGACAGGAAGCAUCCAUUAUAGAUGUUAGGUCUCUUGCCAGACUUUGUUCUCGGGGACUAUCAGAAACUCCCUCGAGUUCAAUGGUUCUGAACAGGAGCAGCAUUGUAAACAGCAACCUCCCCAUAUUUGUAUUUACACUAAAAUCCUGAUUAACAUAACAGCGUUCUGUUUCUUCAUUCCCAGUGGCUACCUUCUCAGCUAUUUUGUUUAAAAUGAUAAUAAUAAUAAUAAUAACGUGACUUAUAUGUUGCCAUUGUAGUUACCACCUUUUUUUUCUAAUGAAACUAAAUACUCAGGACAUUUUUGGAAUAGAAAAUACAUAUUUUAUUGUAUGGCAGAUUUAGUGAAAUGUAGUAUUCUCAUUUUGGCCCUAGGUUUGCAUUUCUUCUAGUCUACUCUACCUGCAUAGGUAGAAAUAGACUCUGAAAUGAAACAAAAGAAUCACAUGUAAAAUUUAGGUUAAGCAUUUAGGGGAUGAGAUUAUAUAGUGAGAUGUGAUUAUAUAGUAUAUUUCCUUUCUUAUGACACCAUUAGCAGUUGGACUCUAAUGUUUUUUAGUAUUGUUCUGUGGCCAUAAUAUAUUCAGCAUGAAUUUAUUCUCCUACAUGCAAUGUUCUUAUACAAAUGUUCACUGCAAAUUCAUUUGUAAUUUUUACAUGUCAAUGAUGUAUGCAAAGUUUACUAUAAAAUGUGUUUUGUUUUUGUUUUGUUUUGUUGGUUACAUUGAAAUACCACUGUGGCAUCCUUACUUUCUCUUCUUCUGUAUAUAGGGUAAGGGACUGUUCUGAAGAACCAUUCCAUUUAGUGAUCAAGAUACAGAAGCUGCUCUCAGAAAAUGCUUGAUGUGUAUCCUAAUUGUUCGUGAUACCAUUCGAGUUAUAACUUGCGCUGUGGCAGCAAAUGAUCCCCAACAACUUAAUAGGAAGCUUAAUAAAGUGUGCCUAUUGCUACCA